AGAAACAGAAAAGACGGACCUAAAAGAAUGACGACGCUGCGAUUUCAUCAAUCGUUCAAGAUAUAUUGGGUUACUGAAAAUACCCCUAGCAUCAAUUUUUUUUAUUUGGAUCUUUCCAAAUCAGUAAGUAUUUCCCUUUUAUUUUUAGUCUGAAAAUUCUGUUACUCAUCCUUCAAAUUUCCAAAUUCCAAUUUCCCGUUGUUGAGUAGCAUCGUCGAAGCGGAGGAGUGCUGAGGGGCGUUUCCUGUUUUGCCCCUCCCAUCGGAAAUUAUUUCCGACCAAAACCAAUUUUCAAAUCUCGUAUGUGGAAAGGGUUGAGUUCCGUUUGGAGGUAAAAAGAAAAAUUAUGAUAGUUAGGACAUACGGCCGGCGGAGUAGAGGACUGACAAGGAACUACUCCGACGUCGUUUCGGAGUCGCCUUCCCAGGAAUGCCCCCAAGAUGUUUACAAUUUUACAUUUUCGUCCCAGGACUCCGCUCACUGUCACUGGUCCAAUCCCUACAGUUUCGAUUCUUCGCAGGAGCCGAGGCAAUUGACGAUUUUGCCCUCAAGAAGGGCUGCUGGUUGCGGGGAUAAUGGUGGACGGAAGAAAGUGAAGCUGAUCGGCGUUGAUUCGGAGCCAUACGGUUUGAGUUCAUCUCAGGAAUCGAAGGAUUAUCCGGUGGUGGAGAUUUCCGAUGGAGAAUCGGAGGAGCCGAGAUUUGUCAAGAAAGUCAAUUAUGAUCCUUUCGAGUAUGAUUCUUCGCAGGAGUUGGAAGAAUGUUCGGUUUUACCACGAAAGCGGAGCGUGGAGAAUGGCGUUUUUGGGUUUUCUGAAAAUGCGGGUUCUUGGAAACCCAAGUUGAAGGAUGUUGAUUCCGAUACAUACGGCUUGAAUUCAUCGCUGGGGUUGCGUGAAUUGGAGAUUUCAGAGCGCAGAGUGUGCCGGGGUAGCAGGGAUUCUUGGGACAUUGAUGGGGUUUCCCGAAAUCAUAAGAAGAACUGUAAGGAAGAGAUCGGGGUGUUGGAUAAGAAGAAGACGAAGAAAAAUAAGAAGAAGAUGAAGACGGAGGAGGUAGGACUAGGUGAUUUAGUUCUUACAUCCACAUUGAUGGAAACUCAGGAGUUUGGGGAAAUGAUGGAGCACGUGGAUGAGGUGAAUUUUGCACUGGAUGGGUUGAAGAAGGGGCAGCAGGUGAAGAUUCGGCGGGGGAGUCUUCUAUCUUUAUUAUCGAUUUGUGGAACAGCUCAACAGCGGCGACUUUUAAGGGUUCAUGGGUUGACCAAAACUAUUAUUGAUGCUGUUUUGGGACUCAAUUUUGAUGACCCAGCGAGCAACCUUGCUGCAGCUGCUUUAGUUUAUCUACUGACAGCUGAUGGUCAAGGAGACCGUCUUCUGGAGUCACCAAGUUGCAUAUGCUUUCUGAUAAAGAUGUUAAAACCACAUGCAUCGAGUGGCGCCAAAGAGAAAGCACCAACCAUUGGUAGCAAACUUCUUGGAGUCUGCAGGAAUGCUGGUUUCUUACAAGACUCAGCCAAGGGGACUGAUUCCAGCUUUACUGCAAUCAUGCUAAAGGUUCAGGAUAUCCUUGUCAGUUGCAAGGAAAUGAAGCCAAGAGAUGAUGCUGAUCAUAGGAUGGAAGAACCCAAGUUGAAUCCUAAAUGGGUCAGUCUGCUUACAAUGGAGAAAGCUUCCUUAUCUGCCAUCUCUAUUGAAGAUACCUCUGGCAUUGUAAGGAGAAUGGGGGGUAACUUCAAGGAAAAAUUGAGAGAGUUUGGAGGACUUGAUGCGGUGUUUGAAGUGGCGAGGAAUUGCCAUUCCACAAUGAAGGAAUGGCUGGAGAAGAGUCCGAUUUUUGCUACAGAUUCGAAGGCUAAUUUGGGGCUAGAUAGUCUAGUAGUGCUUUUGAAAUGUCUCAAAAUUAUGGAAAAUACUACUUUCCUUAGCAAGGAUAACCAGUGCCAUUUGCUUGGAAUGAAAGGAAAAUUUGAUGGUCAACAAGCUCCACGUUCCUUCACGGAACUCAUUCUGAGUGUCAUUAAGAUUCUAUCAGGUGUUACCUUACUGCGAAGAUCCUCGAGCAAAUUCCGGGAUGAAAAGAUGGGUGGUACCUCUGAAGAGGAUAUUCACUCUGGUGGGUUCUGUAACAUGGCUGUUUCUCAGAAAAGCUCAAGUGCAUCUCCAUGCAAUCAAUGCCUAAUACCUCUGCAGCCAGGAUCACGGUCUAGUCAAGAAUCUAGUCAGGCAUCUGUGGAUCCUCUAUUGCUAAAGAUGAGAGUUGAGUCUUCUUCAGCAGUAUCAUGUAGUGGAUCAUAUGUGAAUUCAAAUGGUGUUGUACAGAUAAGUGGUAACGGCUCAGAGUUGGAUGUUGGUUUUACAAAGAAACUACUAGCACAUUCCAAUCUUGGAGUGGAGGACGGCCAGGACCCUUUUGCAUUUGAUGAGGGUGAUGUCGAGCCAUCAAAAUGGGAGUUGCUAUCUGGGACUGGAAGAGUGCAGAGAUCUCUGGCUCAAGAUAAUGGGGGAAUCAUAAGGGAAAAUGAAGACUUUCAUCACUCUGCCUUGAUAUUCAGCCAACAAGAGUCGAGCAACAUGGAGAUUCGUCAUUCAGAGGAUGCGUCAUGUUCUUCUGCUGGUGAUGAAGAAAUAUCUGACCUUCUAGCAGAUUGUCUUCUCACGGCAGUCAAGGUUCUUAUGAACUUGGCCAAUGACAACCCAGAGGGCUGUCACCAAAUUGCAAAACUUGGGGGCUUGGAAAUCUUAUCUUUUCUGAUUGCUGGUCAUUUUCCAUCAUUUAGCUUAUCUAUGCCACACUCUCAUAAUGUUAGAGAGAGUAGUUUGUCGUCUAAGUCAAGUCCCAGGAUUGACCUACAGAGCAAUACACCUCUAACUGAUCAGGAGCUUGACUUUCUUGUUGCCAUUCUGGGUUUGCUUGUGAAUAUGGUAGAGAAGGAUGGACGUAACAGAUCUCGGCUUGCGUCAGUUACUGUUUCAUUACCCAGCAUCAGUGGUCUAGACAUGGAAGAGGAAAGGGAUGUGAUUUCUCUUCUGUGCUCAGUUUUCUUGGCUAAUCAUGGAGCUGGUGAGGUUGCUGGAGAGGAUAAAUGUUUCUCAUUGGAGGAUGAAGAAUCGAUGUUACAGGGAGCAAAAGAAGCCGAGAAAAUGAUUGUAGAAGCUUAUUCAGCUCUUCUUCUCGCAUUUCUUUCCACGGAAAGUAAGAGCAUACGUUGUGCCAUUGCUGAGCGUCUUCCCAACCAGAAGUUGGCACUAGUUGUUCCCGUGCUGGAGAGAUUUGUGGUAUUUCAUAUGACAAUGAACAUGAUCUCACCGGAGACGCAUACCACUGUUCUUGAAGUAAUUGAAUCGUGUAGGAUUCCAUGAGAGCGAGCUGUUAAGCCGCUUGUGGAAUUAGAGCAGAUUUUGUACAGUCAUAACUCUCCUCUUUCUCUCUCUCUGCAGGGGAUGAUUUCACCUGGCAUUGGGAUUCUUUUUUUCUUUUUCUUUUUUUUUAGAAUUUACUCUUUUUGGUAUAUUUGAUUCAUUAUAUCUUACACAUAUUGUGAGGACCUCAGUUGCCUUGCUAACUUGGAGGAUUAUACGAUUGUAUACGUGCAAUUACAAAAUUCUGUCCAUUUGUCUUGAUAGUGGUAGCUUUUGUAUGACAUUCUUUUUUUGUUUAAGAGAUUCUUAUAUCUUGUUUAUUCAGUACAUUUUUAUCGA